CUUCUUUUAUUUUUGUUUACAACGUGCAGUUAUGGCCUUUUCAUUGACAUUGAGGUAUAACGGUUUUUCUGGUCUUUUGACAUCAUCUAUUUGUCGAUUUUGUCCAAAUAAUAGUUCACAAAAUCAGUGCAAAUUUUCCUUCUCUGAAAAUGUAUUAAAAACCGUUCCUAAAAAUAUUAAAGGCAAAGGCAAAGGUUCCCAAGAAUGGCUAAGGAGACAACUCAACGAUCCUUAUGUUAAAAAGGCACAAUCAGAGAAUUACAGAUGUCGCAGCGCCUAUAAGUUACUAGAAAUUGAUAAACGAUUCAACAUAUUAAAACCAGGUAAUAUUGUUAUUGAUUGUGGCGCAGCUCCAGGAUCAUGGUGUCAAGUAGCAGUUGAAAAAAUAAAUAAAAACUCAGAUUUAAACAGUGUCAAUGGUACAGUGAUUGGUGUGGACUUGCAACAUUUUGUAGAUAUUGAAGGAGUUCAUGUUAUAGGCGGUGCAGAUUUCACAGACAAAGACACCCAGAUAAAAAUAAUGGAGAUUUUAAAUGGGAAAAAAGCAGAUGUUAUAUUAAGUGAUAUGGCUCCGAAAGCUUCCGGAAUAAAAUCCAUGGACCAUGAAUUAAUUAUUGAACUUUGUGUUAAAGUACUCAAAUUUGGAAUCGAGGUUCUGAAACCAGCCGGAACUAUUCUGUGUAAAAUUUGGAUGGGUUACAAUCAAAAACAAUUGGAAGAGGCUAUGAAACAUUUAUUUGAGUCAGUUCAAGUUGUGAAACCAUUAUCAAGUCGAACAGACUCAGCAGAAAUAUUCUUGUUGGCACAGAACUUUAAAAAACGGAAACUGAAAUAGUUCCAUGCCAUUUGUUGAUGGGCUUCAUGUGUCCAUUCAAAGAGAGAGAGAUAGAGAGAGAGAGUUCAACUUCAUCUCAAUAAUUGCUCUACACAUUUGUUACUGUACUUGCUUGAAAACGGUGAGAGAAUACUCUUCGAAACGUCACCCAAAUAAAUCAGUAAUUGUUCUUCCAUAA